AUGUCGUUGGGUCUUCUGGCGGCGGUAACGGUGAACUGAGCCGAAAACAAUAGGGCAAAGAACCUCUACAUCAUUUCGGUGAUGGGGAUCAAGGGUAGGCUCAACAAGCUCCCUUCUGCUAUCUGUCGUGGUCUUCGAGAGCAUGAGUGCCAAAACCGUCGUUGUCUGCAGCCUUGGGUCCUCCCCAAUUCCUCAAAAGAAGUAUUCAUUUUUCAAUUGGUUUUUCUUUGCCAUCAACAUGGGUGCACUCUUAGGUAUUACUCUUCUAGUUUAUGUGCAAGUGAAGAAGGGCUGGAGCUGGGGAUGUGCGGUUCCAACUGUGGCAAUGUUUUGCUCUAUCGUCAUCUUAGUCGCGGACUUCUCAAAAUAUCGUUACCAAAAGCCAAUAGGAAGUGCCUUUACUAGAUUUAUUCAAGUCAUUGUGGCUUCUGUGAGGAACCACUUUAAAGGGGUCAAAUUUGAACAAGGAGUUCGGCUUUAUGAGGUCCCGACUGAAAAUUCUGAUAUAUUUGGUGCUCGGAAGCUUCUUCACACUGAACAAUACAGAGAGGAGCAAACCUUCCCGCCGCGUAGCCCACCUGGGAAAUUACCUCCUAAGCCUCCGCUGCCAGCCCCGGCGAUCAAUCGUUAUGUCGUAAGCGAGCCCUUCUUAGUGUCCAAGAUGGCAGAUUCAGGUAGGCAAGGAGGAAGGGGAUCAAGGGUAGGCUCUCCAACGCAGUAAAGGAGAUCAAGGAUAUGUUAUCACUAGGCCAAUUGGGAAGGAGGGUGUUGAUCUCUGGCCUUGGAUUGCUAGUGCUGCCACCACUAAAUACACUAAAUACUUCUUACAGGUAAUUAGCCUUUUUAUUUUUAUUUUUUUAAAUUGAGGUCUUUGGCAAAGAGCAGAGGGAGGUCUUCCCUUAGAGUCCUCACAGCCAAACUCAGGCUCACAAGGAAAUCAUCCCUGUAGUCAUGCUGCUUAUUAUCGUGAGGAGAAGCAAGAGCAACGGCAGCCGUGGCGGUGGCACAG